UUCGGUCCGUCAGUGUGCAAUACGGUGCGCUAUCAGUCGGUUGCUUUCGUUUGGGUGGCGGACUUUUUCUCGGUGUGGAAUUGGUUAAGGUGCGAGUUCGCGGCGCAAGAACCAUUGAGUAGUGUCGGGGGUGUGGAAUAUUAUCAGCAAAACCGGAAGACACGUGAACGUGCAUUGCAGUUGGUGGCCGCGUUUUUGGCAAGGAUAAUGGAAUUUUGAUUAACGAAAGUGGGUCGCUGCUGAGUGGCUCUUUAGUGCCAUGGCAAGGAUAAUCUGUGAAGCCGUGUGAAACUUGAAACGUAGAAGAGAGUGUUCCUACGAGUGUUCUCGAGCGUGAUUCCAAAUGGGGAGAAGAGUCUACGAUACCAAAGAUACAUAAAUUGUGGAGGAUGAUGAGUGCGUAUGUAAGAACGUCAAGCGGUGUGGAAUUCGGCCGCUGUUACUUCCGUGUUAUCUCGGUUGGUUUGAGUAAAUAAAGUGUAAUUUAGAUAACGAAUGAGAAUCGUUGGGAAGAAACACGUCUACUUGGCGUAGAUCUGAGAACAAAACACCGUAAAUUCCGAAGCCGCGGUAGAUCUGAAGCAGUUGUUGAUUGACUUUUCUACCGAAGAACUUGAAUAGCAUCAACCAAAGAGAAAGAGAGAGAUGACGAUGCUUGCAGUGAAGAAUUUCUUUCUGCCGGAAAGGAAGGCCCCACCGGAGGCGGCCAAGUUUUCCCGCAUGCCGGAGGCAUUCCUGCGCUCCAUCCGUCGACGCUCGCUGCGGAUUAAGCGACCGAAAAGCGUGAUUGUGGAGCGGGAGAAGCGAAAAUCUGAUUCCUUCGUCAACAGUCAGGAGUGGACGAUCUCACGGUCGGUGCCGGACAUUCGACUGGGGAUCGUGGGCAGUCUCAGUUCGGGCAAGUCGGCGCUGGUCCACCGAUACCUGACCGGAUCGUACAUGCAGGAGGAAUCGCCCGAGGGUGGCCGCUUCAAGAAGGAAAUCCAAAUCGACAACCAGAGCUACCUGCUGCUGAUACGGGACGAGGGCGGCCCACCGGAGAUGCAGUUUGCCGCCUGGGUGGACGCCGUCAUCUUCGUGUUCAGUCUGGAGAACGAGCAGAGCUUCAACGCCGUCUAUACGUACUACACCAAAAUGUCCCACUACCGGAAUAGCGCAGAGAUUCCGAUCAUCCUCGUUGGGACGCAAGAUGCCAUCAGCGAGCGAUCACCCCGGGUUAUCGACGAUGCCCGAGCGCGAAAGCUGGCCCAGGAUCUCAAGCGGUGUUCGUACUACGAAACGUGUGCCACCUACGGACUGAACGUGGAACGGGUCUUUCAAGAUGCCUGCCAGAAGAUUGUUCAGCAGCGUCUGUCGACCGGUUCGGUUAUCACACCGACCAAUUCGCGACCAACGACGCCACAAGGCACCCGGCUGGGGGUGGCCAGCUUUCACCCGACCGUUCCUAGUCCCACCAAUGGAUUUUCCUCGUCCACCGGUAGUCCGGCCAGUGGACUCACGAUGAGCAGUUCCUCGCCCAGCCACCAUAAUUCGAAUUCGCAACAGCAGCAGCAGCAACAAAUAAAUCAAGGUACGAUGACUCUACCGCAUCGGCAUCAUGUACUUUCCGCCUCGAGUCAUCACAUUCCGAUCAAAAUCAGCUCUGAAUUGUUGGCGAGUGAAUCGCAACAUUUGAGCCUUUCGCAGAGGGAGUCACAUCCUCCGCAGAAAUGGGGAACCAUCUCGCACGGGACCUCUCAGCAGGCCCUACUGGCGUUGACCAACGAGAACAACAACAUCCCCAAGUUCGUACCACCAAGUCAUCCGGUAUCGAGCGAUAGCCUGCAACCGUUAGGGCUGAUGCCGCCCUCGGGGAAAGAUUCGGGAGGUGGAACCGGUGGCGGUGGGAGUGGUAAGGACAAGGAACUACCGACGCCAACUUCAACCCCGACGACGUCGAGAAAGAGUCGACGAAGAUCGAAUCUGUUCAUUCCUUCCUCAUCCAAGAAGGAACAGCAGGAUAAGAUCAAAAAUGGCGAACUCGGUAGCGGACGGGCCAUUCCGAUCAAGCAGGGUUAUUUGUACAAACGGAGCAGCAAAUCGCUGAACAAAGAAUGGAAGAAGAAGUAUGUUACGCUUUGUGACGAUGGCCGGCUCACAUACCAUCCAUCGUUACACGACUACAUGGACGAUGUCCACGGGAAGGAAGUUUCCCUGCAGUAUGUGACGGUGAAAGUGCCGGGACAGAAACCGAGAGGCUCGAAAUCUAUCAUUACCAAUAGUGCCCUGACGGGAGCGAAUGUAGCAGCACCGACCAUGAACGGCAAGAUGACCGGAUCCACUGGGUCGCAGGGCAGCGGAAGCAACGGACUUACCGAAGGAAUCGGCGGACUAUCGCUGGCCAAAGACCGCAAGAUGACUGAGAAGGUGCUUCUGACGGCAUUCGACACGCUGCGGGAACCGGUGAAAUCUAACUCGCAAACCAGUGGCGACGAAGGCAUUGUGAUCAGCAACAGCAACUCGCAGAGCUUCAUCGGAUCCGAUGGCAAUAGCAGUAAGCUGGAUGCGCAAACGCCAAAUGUGAAGAAGCGUCACCGACGGAUGAAGAGCAGUGGCGUGGGGAAAAACAACGAAUAUGACGAUUCCGAUGGAUUCGAGUUCUACAUAGUUUCGCUGGACAACAAGCAGUGGCACUUCGAGGCGUCCAACUCCGAGGAACGGGACGAGUGGGUGUCGGUGAUCGAGCAGGAGAUUUUCAAGUCCCUGCAAGGGAUCGAGUCGUCCAAGUCGAAACCGCUGAACCCGAGCGACAUUGCCUCGAUGCAGUCGAUCCGGAGUCGGGUACCGGGCAACGGGUACUGCGUGGAUUGCGAUUCGCCAAAUCCUGAAUGGGCCAGUUUGAACCUGGGGGUGCUUAUGUGUAUCGAGUGCUCUGGAGUGCACCGAAAUCUUGGCUCGCACAUCAGCAAAGUUCGAUCGCUGGGACUGGAUGAGUGGCCUCCUGGCCAUCUUAGCGUGAUGCUCGCCAUCGGUAACAGUCUCGCCAACUCGGUGUGGGAAUCCAAUACCCGCGGCCGAGUGAAACCCACGCCCGCCAGUUCCCGGGAGGAGAAGGAAAGCUGGAUCCGGCUGAAAUACGAAGCUAAAGAGUUCCUGCCCACGUUCAACUCGACACCCCCCAUUGGUCAUCAGUUGCGCGAAGCCGUCGUGCGGUCCGACAUGAAGGCUAUCAUCAUCCUGCUGGCCAAUGCCACCGUCGAGCACAUCAAUUCCACCGUUAGCAGCCGGGAUCUGCGAACGCCAUUGCAUCUGGCGUGCGCCAUUGGAAACCUUGCCAUCUCGCAGCUGUUAAUUUGGCACCACGCCAACUUGAAACACAUCGACCACGAGGGCCGAUCGUGUCUGACGUACGCCAAAGCGGCCAACUCGUUGGCGGCGGCCCGACAAGCAAGUAAUACCCCGCACCACGUGAACAUGGAGACGACUUCGGCGCUCGUAGAGCUUCUGACCAGCCUCGGUUGCACGGAUCCGGCACCAUUUACGGCCAGUGGAACGCUCCCGCGGCGGAGGGAAACCAUCGAUCAAGGUACGUUCGAGAAAUUCUCCUCGAAUAUUAUUUGAGGCAAGUAAGAGCAAUCGAGUCUUUAAAACAAAGCGCGCGUAGCAAAUCUAGACGAAAACCUAGUUUAAAAUUUCGGAUAUGUUUGACAAGCAAAAGCGAACAUGAAAACAUUGUGAUCCCUCUAUAUAAAAAUAAUAUGGAAACGACAGAAUAUUCAUCAGAAAAAAGGACAGAUAAUAUGAUCUGGUUUUAUUUAUCGUACAAUUAAAUGGAUGCAAAAGGCAAAGUGUACCAAUUUAUUUAGCGAAGCUCUAACGAACCCCUAUUAGUUGUUUAAGUUAUAAGACAGAGCUGAAAUAUUUGAACUUUAGAGAAGCAAAAGAAUCGAGUCUCAACUGUUCUAAAAUUGUUGUUUUAUGUAAAGAUUUUUCCUGAGACGAAUUUUAUGAUGGAUUUGUUUUUUUUUCUGUAAAUACUAAUGCUAAUGAACUCGAAUGGACCUCUAUGUACAUUAUAUUGAUCGGUUUAUUAGUUGUAAAUGCUUUGUAUUGACCUGAUAAAUUUAGAUGAAGAUCGCACCGUCUACUUAAAAGAAUUUUAUCACCGCACAGUACACUGUUGAUUUGAUCACUAUUCCACGGAUGUCCGAUUUUUAUACCAUUAUUGCUUUUUAUAGUUCCAUUAUCUUGUUAUUUAGUUUAUGUUGUUUCAACUAAUAGUAUUCCAAUUGAAAGAAGUCAGUUUCUUUUGUUCGUUUCGUUUGUAACUAACUUUACUUACCUUAUAGUUUAUUGAUCCCCAAAGAAUGCCAAAUUGUAGUAUGCAGAAACAAAAUCGUACUCUUAAACAAAUCAAUAAACUAAAAUUAAACAAAAUUUAUCGAGAAGGCUUUUCAAAAAUUAGAGCAACUUAGCUUAACAAAGUUACGUUUAGUGAAGCAUUAUCAAACAGAGAAUUAUUCAACAAAAUUGCGUAGUUAAAAAGAGCACCCCUAACAAUUGAUCAAUAUCUUUACCUGUAUUAGAACCCAGAUUCAAGCAUGCAGAGAAAUCAUAGCAAUUAAUAUCGAUAUUCUUAGUAGCACAAAACAAACAAAUCAGAUCCUAUAAAAUAUAGCAGCAGUUUAGACAGUCCCACAAAAAAAGUAUAAUGAUGGCAUUUUCCCGUUAGUUACGUUUCCAAUGAGCCGCAAAGUAUAUGAUAGAACCGAACUUUGUUGAGAAAUUAAAAUAACCUCAAACAAAAGAGCACCACCCCCUCCCCCUUUUCCAGAUAGCAUUCCGUAUUCCGAGCAGUUGCAGUGUUACAGAAAAAAGCCAAGAAGCAUGUAGAUUAGAGAUGCAAACCAACUGCAACAUCAUUUAAAAAUCUGAACAAAAUCCGUUACAUAACAGUGGCGACCGAUCACGUUAGUGAAUCGAAAAUUAUCAGCAAACAGUACAGACACAAUUAUAGCAAAAAGUAAUGUAAUAGGUAUUCGACGGAGAUUGUGGUAAUAAGUGCAAACUUAGAAGUGGAAGACGGCGUGCGUAUGUAAAACAAAACUAGUAGAGAAGAUGAAUGUAAAAAUGGAAGAGCGAAAUAAAAGCAAAAAUUAUUCGAAAGUAUUCAAAACAAA